AUGCAUAUAAAGCAGAUAAAGUUAAAAGGGUUUCGGACUUACAAAAAUGAAACAACCAUUGAUUUUACGAAGGGAAUUAACUGCAUAGUCGGGUUUAAUGGAUCCGGGAAAAGCAACAUCCUACUAGCUAUUGAGUUCAUACUAAGUGACAUGUGCGAAUAUAAACAGGUAUUUUUACAUGAGGGAAUAGGAAACGCAGUUAGAAAUUGUUAUGUAGAAAUAAUUUUUGAUAAUUCUGAAAAAUAUUUUAGUAUGUUUAAAGAAAAUGAAAUUAAAAUAAAAAAAGUUAUGGAAAAUAUGAAAUGUGAAAUUUACGUUAAUGAAAAAAAUGUGAGCAAAAAUCAAUAUGUAGAAUUGUUAGAAAGUUGUGGAUUGUGUGUUAAUAACUUAUAUAACAUAAUUAAACAAGGACAAAUAAUUAAAUUAAGUAAUAUGAAAGAUGAAGAAAUUUUAAAUUAUUUAAAGAGUAUACUAGGUGCUAGAAUAUUUGAAGAAAAAAAAAAAGAUGCUUUAUCAAUGUUAAAAGAAUGUGAUACAAAAAAAACAACGAUUGAAAAAGAAUUUCAUGAAAUGAACACAAAACUAGGUAGUCUACAAGAAGAAUUUGAAAAAUUCUUAGCAUAUAAAAAAUUAGAAAAAGAAAAAGUUCAUUUAGAAUAUUUUUUAAAUGAAAUAAAUUAUAAAAAUGUGUAUGAAGAAACACAAAUAUUAAAAUCUACAUUACAAGAAUUAAAAAAUAAAACACAAGAUGAAGACAACAAUUUAAGCCAAAGCAACAACACAAAGUCGGAAUAUACUGAACAGCUGAAUAAAAUGAAAUUAGAAAUUGUUUCUUAUAAAAAUGAGUUAGAAAAAGCCCUAUCAGAAGAAAUACAAAACAAAAGAAACAUUGUACACUUAGAAAUCCUAAUUGACGAAAAAAGGAAAGAAAAAAGGUUGAAGGAGUCACAAAAUAAAUGCAAAAUUGAAAGCAUGAACCAAAUUAAUGAAUUUAUCUUGCGGGUUAAUGAAAAGUUACAAAGCCUCAAAACGGUCAUCAAUUUAAAAGAAAGGGAAAUAGAGGACAAGAACAACGAGAUUAAUAUGUUAUUAUCAGCGAAUAAGUCAAAAAACUCCAAGGAUGGGAAUUAUUCACAUAAUGUGAAAAAAAUUGAGAAAAUGAUAAGCGAUAUCAACACAGAGUUGUCUUUCUUGGAGAAGGAAGCAAUAAAAAAUGAAAAAUACUUAAAGGAGCUAGAAGAGGAAUCCAAGGUUUUAAAUGAUAAUAUUAAAACAAAUAAGACACUUUCGGAAAAACACAUGGAUGAAAUAAACGAAUUAAACAAUAAAUCUGAGGAUUGCAUCGAACAAAAGAGACAGUACCAACAGAAAAUAUCAGAAGGAACAGCAAAUUUGAAUUCCAUAAAAAGUCAAUUGAUUGAAGUAAAUGAUAAAUACGAGGAAAUGAUAAAAAGUUCAAACAAAGAAAUUGUUAAGAUGUUGGAACUUAUCUUAGAGGACUCUAGCAUACAGAAAGAAAACAUUUUAGGGUUUCUAAUAGAUAAUAUAAACGUGGAUAAAACCUAUGUUAAGGCCGUGGACAGUGUCCUGGAAAAUCACUAUUUUACUCUAAUUGUUAAAGACAUGGAAACAGCGAAAAAAAUAGUAGAAUUUAUAGAAAAAAAACGAGAGGAAAAAAAAAAAAAGGAAUUUGAUUUUAAGGAUUUUUUUUUCGGGAAAUUAACUAUUGUUCCUUUAUUGAAUAUAAGAAAAUUUAAUGAAUUUACAUACCCUAACGAUAAAAAUAUGGUUCCACUGAUAAACUGUGUAAAUUAUAAUAGUAAAAUAUACGAAUUCUUGAAAAGUAUUUUAUUUAAAACCAUUAUUGUAAAAUCUUUGGAGUCUUGUCAAAAUUAUCUGCAGGACAAUUACAAUUGCGUAAACAUCGAUGGGGAUUACCUGAGCAAGCAAGGUUUUAUGCACGGGGGUUAUAACAAAAAAAAAUACGGCGUGUACACAAUAUACAGCAAACUGAAAGAUCUUAAAGAAAAGGAAAAGAAGGAAAAAAACAGCAUUGAGGAAAUGUCAAAUCAUAUUGAAAAAAUAGACGAAGAGCUAAGAAUAAUUUAUGAUAAAAAAUCAAACACUGUGGCUCAAAAAAAUGGAUGUCUAACGACACUUAACUCAAUUACUAAUAAUGUACACACAAAUGAUGAAAACAUAAGAAUAACGAAUGAAAAAAUAAAACAGUUACAAGAGAAAAAACAAAGCCUAGAGGAUUAUAAAGACAAAUUAAAAGUACAAAUAUUACAGUUGCGAAAUAAUAAUGUAAACCCAGAUGAAUCUCCCAAAGGUACAGUAGAUAUUAAUUCCUUGAAUGAGCACGUCAAAAAAUUGAAGGAAGAACUUACCAAAGUUAGGAACGAGUACGAUGAUUUUAAAAACAAAUUGGAGCUAUUAUACCAGAAGAGGAACGAGAGUGAUUCUAACAUAUACAUGGAAGAAUACGAAGAUUUAGAUAUCGAUGAGUAUAACAAAGAGCUGAGGGCCAAAAAAAAUAAUAUCGAACAGAUUGAAAAGGAGAAAAUUGCAUACGAACAAAAAUUAAAGCAAGUCAAUAAAGAUAUUGAAAGUGUAAAAUCCAAUUUAGACAAAAUUUAUAUAAAUGAAAAGAAACAUAAAAAGAGAAUUUUGGAUUUAUGUCAUCGGAUGAAUCAAAUAAAUGAGGAGCUUCGAAUUUUGGAAGAAAAGGAAGAAAAUAUAAGAAAAAAAAAAGUACUUUUACCACAAGGCAUAAAAGAUUUACAGGAAUACAAAAAUUAUAAUAAACAAGAAUUGUCUUCGAAGCUAAAAUCCAUAACACUAGAACUAAAAAAAUACUCGAACGUAAAUGAAAAGGCGGGAGACAGACUAAAUAUGCUGAUGAGCGAUUUCAAUGAGUUAAAAAAGAGAAAUGAGGAAAUAGGAGAAUCUUACAAGAACAUUAAAGAGAUGAUACAGCACAUAGGAAAAAAGAAGGAUGAAGCAUUGGAGGCUACAUAUAUAAAAAUAAGUAAAUAUUUUUCCGAAUAUUUUUCAUUGCUUUUUAAGAAUCGGAAGGCUACUCUGGUUCUAAAAAAAAUGAGUGAAAAGGAGUAUAAGGAGACCCUACAAGAAACGAACGAGAAAAAGGCUAGGAAAAGAAUUAUUGAUGAUGACGUGUAUGUUGACAAGAUUACAGGAAUAUCGAUAAAUAUUACUUCAAAUGAGGAUGAGAAGAUGAGUUACACAAUUCAAGAGUUAUCAGGAGGAGAACGGAGCAUUGUGGCUAUAUGUCUAUUUUUGUGCCUAAACAAAAUUGACAAUUUUUCUUUUUUCUUUUUCGACGAAAUUGACGCAGCUCUGGACACAAUUCAUAGGGACAACCUCUCAAUUCUUCUGCGAGAACUAGCUCAAAGGGGUACCCAGUUCAUAAUCACAACAUUCAGAAAGGAACUCCUGGAGUACUGCGAAAAUAUGUACAUUGUCAAAAUAGUGGAUCGCGAGAGUUAUAUAACGAAGGGAACGAAGAAAGAGGCCUAUGAAAUAAUUAGCAUAGUAAUGACGUAG